GCCCGCCUCCUUCUCCUCCAAGAUGGCGGCGGCCGGGGGCGGCUCCGUGCGGCUGCGGCUGCUCUUCGAUUACCCACCCCCGGGCAGCCCGGGCUGUGCCCUGUGCUGGCUGCUGCUGGAGCCCGCCCAGGUGCGCCUGGUCACCGACCUGGUCAGCCUGAUCCGCCACAGGUUUGGCUUCAGCCGCCGGGCCCGCCUCAGCCUCUUCCUGGACGGGGCGAUGCUGCCCCCCACCGAGAGCGCCCGCCUGGUCCGGGACAACGAUUCCCUGCGAGUGAAGUUGGAAGAGAUAGUUGCAGAUGAUUAUGAAGAGUUAGAUGAUGGCUUCUCUUAUACACCGAAAGAACACAAAAAAAAGCAUAAGCAAAAGCAGGAAGAAAAAGAGUUACCUAAAAAAGAAGAUCAGCAUAAAAGGGAAAAGAAAAAGAAUAAACAUAGUCCUGACUAUUCUUAUGGUACAGAAGAGACCUCUGUAGAUAUUUGGGACUCUCAAAAAAGGUACAAGAAAAGAAAAAGAAAGGAAGAAGUCAGUGGGAGAAAUAGACUCAUAGAAGGUAAGGAGGAGAGCUCUACUGGCCAAUCUAAGCUUAAAAAAACAGAGAGGGAGAAACAGAUGGCAACAAAAAAGAAGGAUGAAAAGCAGACAACGGCUUCUGCUGGAAAGAUGGCUUUAGAAUGGACAAAUGAGAGCUCUUCUCAAAAUCCUAGUAAAAAUAACACCAAAAAAAUGACAAUACAAUCCAGAAAAAAGAGGGUGGGAUCUUCAGAUUCCUCCAGCACAUCAUCCGACAGUGACAGCAGUGAACUAAAUGAAAAGCAAAAUAAAUCUUCCUCCCAUAAACCUGUAGUGACACUGCCUCCCAAGGACAAAUCCCAAGCUGCUGCAAAGUCUGAUGUGAAAACUGUUGCUUCUAAUAAAGUGACUGUAAAGUCUAAAGUGGACAAUUCCACUAAGACUGCAAGUAGUAAAAAUACUAAAAAAUCCCAGUCCUCUAGCUCAGAUUCUGACUCAAGUACAGAGGAUGAGGAAGGAGCAACAGCCCAAGACAGUACUGCAAAGGAAAAGCCCCUGCCUACCAGUGUGGCAGCUGUAAAAACCAUUACCUCCAAGGCUCCCACAGCACAGACCUCCUCUUCAGAGUCUGAUAGUUCAGAUUCAGAAACACUUGUUACUAAAAAACCUGCAGCAAAUGCUGGACUCAGUAAUUCCACAGUAAGGAACUGUACUGAACAGUUGUCAAACAGUACUCAAGGACCACUUGCCAGCCCAGGUCGUGGAAGGGGGCGUGGAACAGGAGAGGAAAACUACUGGAGGGUCCCCAGGGGCCGUGGGUUUCGUGGGAUGAUGAGGGGCCAAGGCCGUGGGAGAGGAGCAAACCUUGGCUUCUUCUAUAACUACAGCAGUGAAGGCCAGAAACAGAGGCAGUUAAAUGAAACUGCAACAAACACCUCUGUUGUUGUCCAGAAUCCUGUGGAGGUCCCCAAGAGAGACUAUAGUCUGUUACCUCUGCUGGCUGCCCCGCCACAAGUGGGAGAAAGAAUUGCCUUUAAGCGUUUGGAACUAACAGAAAAUUACAGUCCUGAAGUUUCAGACUAUAAGGAGGGGAAAAUCAUCAGUUGGAAUGCUGAUAAAAAACAGAUUGAGCUUGAGAUCCUCUCAGCAGCAUCAGGACAAGUUGCUAAAGAGCCAGGGAAAUUCGAUCUGGUUUACCAGUCUGCAGAUGGAGCAGAACUGAUAGAGUAUGCUGUUCCUCAGGACACAAAGAUAACUGAAAGUUGGGAUGCACUGAUAGAGCCAAGACUGAUUGUUGAGCCUCCAGUUAAUGGAUCCAGCACUGAAAAUGGAACAAUCUAAAAUGUGAACAAAUGUAAAUAGUUGUAUGGACUUGUUUUGUGAAAUGCUGCCUCCUAGUCCUGAAGGCAGCCAGUGCACUGCUGGAUAUUUUUAAUAAAUGGUUUUAAAAAGAAAUUGUGCUGAAAGAAAAGGAAGCACUUUUUUCUUAUGUUAUAUAAUACAGAAAUAGUUUCUUGUAGGAAGUCAUUAAUAUAGUUCUCUUUGUUGGUUGUGUUUUUUUCAUGGAAAACUAAGAGUAAUUUUUACAUUCUACUCUUGCAAGCUGCAGAACUGGAAUGGUUUAAUAAAAAAUAAAAUCCAACCUUGUAC